AUGAUGAACCGCAUUCUCGUUGUCUGUCUGCUUGCUGGAUACUUGUUAAGCGGGGUUAAUUCUCUGGUAGAAUUCUCGAAUCUUAAGUGUGAAACUGUGGAUAGGGACUUUGCUGACUUCGAGUAUUGUCAUUUAAAGUCCGUGAAUCGGACCUACAAGUACAUGACUAUUAAAGUUAGACUCCUUAAGGUUCCGAUUACCAAAGUUAAGAUUAACCUUGCCCUGUAUCAGCGACUGAAUGGGUUUAAGCCCUUCCUUUACAAUACGACAGUCGAUGGGUGUAAAUUCUUGAAGAACCCGAGGUCCAAUCCGGUUGCUAGUUACUUUUAUGAUUUCAUCAAAAACAAUUCAAACCUGAAUCACCCCUGUCCCUACGACCAUGACCUGGAGCUGGAUAAAAUAUCCACUCAGAAUAUAGACCACCGUAUGACCAGCAUGUUGCCUUUCCCCGAGGGCAGUUACUUGUUCAAAACUGAUUGGUUUGCCUAUGGCAUUAAGAGAGCUGUGGUUAAUGUUUAUUUAACUCUUUCGUAA